AUGACGAGAACAAUGGAAGUGGCGCGAUUUGAAGGGAAUGGAUUGGAAGAACCCAGAUAUACGGAAGAAGUUUCAUGGGAGGAUCUGGAGAGAGACGCUGCUAGUAAAGCCGGUGUAUCCUCUGAAAGAUUUCAAGCCUGGAGAUCUCACAACCAUGACUCUUCAAGAAAAGGUGACGAGCUUUCUGGAGAGAUGUACGAACUGUGGAGGCAAGAACAGAACAGCAUAGCGGCAAGACUUGACAAAGAGCUUAAAUCCAGGUGGGAGCUAGAUGAACUGAUUGAAGAACAGCUGAGCAGAUACCAGUCUCAUUACUACAAGUCCAUGGUUUCAACGUCUUUAAAAGAUGUCUCUAACCUCCUUAUGCCCAUCUGGAUACCGCCUCAUGAGCUAGCUGCCGUGUCCUGGCUUGGAGAUUGGCGUCCCACUUCGAUUCUUGACCUUCUUCGCAUUCUGGCUGCUCAAAACCCUUCUUUCUCUCUGUCUGAGGCGAGUGAACGUGUGGUCUCUCAGCUUCUCCGUGAGAUACGCAUCGAGGAGGCUGUGAUCGAUGAGGAGUAUGCAGAGAUUCAGGCCACCUGUGUUCUGCACCUUCCCUUUUCACCACUCUGCAAUGCUCGGUCGCAUGAAGAAGCUCUGCGUUCUGUGCAGGAGCUGUUUGGGAACAUCCAUAAAGUCAUCUCAAAGGCACAGAGACUCAGGUAUAAAGUGUUGGAGCUGGUGAUGAAGAAGCUGCUGAACCAAACAGAUACUGCCGAGUUUGUGGUUGCAUUCGCAGGGAUUCAAGACGCUAUCCACCAGUUUGGAGAGCAGAAGAAGCUGAAAAAAAUUUACCCGUCAGUUCCUCUGAAGGGAUCAGGAUCAUCAAGUUGA